AUGGCAAAAAGAAAAAUUUCACAAAUUUCAACAAGCCCAGUUCCUCUAAGAAGGUCUGCCAGAAUAGCAGCAAGAGCAGCUGCAGCACAACCUUCUCCACAACCACUAAGAAAACGAAACAGAAGAAGUGUCAGACAAGGUAAAUGA